AUGUUCUGCAUAAGGCAUCUGGCGAGUAAUUUCAAUACUCAUUUCAAAGAUAAGGAUUUGAAAAAACUGGCAGAAAAAGCAGGACGUGCUUACCAGAAAAAGAAAUUCACACGGUAUAUGAAAAUUAUGAAGAUCAAAUCGCCUGAUGGGUAUAAAUAUUUGAUGAAUAAGGAAGUAUUGAAGAAAAAUCAGUGGGCAAGGGCGUAUAACGUCAACGGACAACGUCAAAAUGCAAUGACAAUAAAUUAUGUUGAGUCUGUUAAUGCGACGCUCAAGAAUAUUAGAGGGUUGCCUAUCACCGUAAUGAUUGAAGCUAUUUUUCAUAAGCUUGUCGAAAAAUACAUUUCCCGUUGGAAAUUUUAUAAGUCAUUGAUCGACAAUGACAUUGAGUACACGCCAAUCUGCAUCCAAUUAUUGCGAAAAGCAGGAGACAAGUCUCGUACCCAUGUUGUCCAGCCGUAUGACAUGACCACAAUGAUGUGUGAAGUGGUGACUAAGAAGAAUAAUCAUAAUCAAGCCGGCGGAAAUAUUCAUACAGUAAACCUCCAUAAAAAGAAAUGCACGUGUGGUAAGUUUCAACAGCUGAAGGUGCCUUGCUCUCAUGCUAUGGCGGUGUGCUCAAAGGAGAAUAUGAACCCUCAUGACUACAUUGGGUCGCACUAUCGGAACCAAAACGCAAUCCAAGCUUGGAGUCACGUUUUUCAUUCAUUACGUGAUCGUGAGCGUUGGAUAAAACCGAACGACCUCCCCUUUGUGCCAAAUCCUGAAUGGGCUAGAAAGAAGGGACGACCAGUCAAUCAACGGUUUAGAAAUGAAAUGGAUCAAACUUAUAGAGAGGAUCGUAGCCCAAAUUUUUGUAGUAAAUGUGGUAAUAGGGGCCAUAAUGCCAGAACUUGCACUAAUAGGAUUAUAGAUGCCUAAAAUGAUAA